AUGAAUCACAUAGGUGCCUCCGACAGUACUUCAAAACUCUUCAGCAGCAAAAUGUUCGUGGCCGGGCGGUGGCAUGCGAGCCGUUGGCGGAAGCUGGACGCCGCCGCAGAGCACGUGCGCGCCGGGUGGCUGGCUGGCAACAAGACUGCACGUGCACCGCCGAACACCGCGGCCACUGUGCGACUGCGCCAGGCAGUGCCGGCUGCCUCCUGCCCAGGCGCUUCCGUCGGCGCGGGCACGGGAAGGUUAAGUACCUUACUGCUAUUGUAUGCAAAGCGUAAGGAGAGGAGCCUGACGCCUCAGACACGGAGCUGCGCCGUCCUCCGGCCUCUGGUAGCGCACGCCUCAGACGGGGCAAUUAACGGGGGUGACGCAGCAGCAGGCUCCGCCACGGGGCUGCAUCGCCGCCUCCGAGUCCGCGCGCCGUUUCUUAUUUCGACCGACGCCGCCGCCGCCGCCGCCCGAGGCGGCUUCUUCGCGUCAUUAAGAUGCCCUCCCCGUGGGACGGCUGUGGCGCUGAAAUCCGGACAGGCCGGCGGCCGCGCCGCGCGUGGGCAGAGUCCGGCGGCGCUGGCGUCUCCCACGCGGCCGGCAGCUGCCUGCCUGCCUGCAUGUGUUAGUGGCGGCCCACCCGCGCCGACUUCCGACGUCCCUAGCUCACUUGCCGAUAGCGUUUCCAGUAUUUGGGAAGCGAGGGGCCAGGCAGCGGCAGCAGCAAGGCUGCCGAGGGACGCAGCUGGAGCGGGUCAAGGACCUGGAGGCGCGCUCCGCUCCGUCGGACACGGGACGGGAAUAGCAGAGCCGUCCAGCAGCGGCGGCGGCGGCGGCGCACACCUGCGCUACCGGCCGCGGACGGAGCUGUCUCAGGGCGACAGCGUUGUUCAAACUGCGUACAGCAACAAACACGCGCUCCUCUCGCGUCUGCGUGGCGCGGCCCGGCCCCCCUCGGCCCACGCCACGCCACGCACCGCCCACGCACGGAAGACGCGGCGGGUCCGCUGCCUGGUGCGUGGGCAGACCGGCGGCCGCGGCGCCCACCGCCGGCUGGCCACAGCUGUACAGCUGCAGCUGCAGCUGGCGGCGAGGGAAUCAGAGAGAUACGGCCCGCCCUGUAACGGCCGAGAGCUGCGGGCAGUAAUUAGGCGAGGGAGUCGGAACGGUCCGCCCCCGGGGCCCGACGCUCAGCUGGCGCCCGAGUCGGCCCGUGUGCCGAGCCGGCCGCGCCCCGCCUGGACCCUAAGCCGAUUAAGCGGUCCCGGCGGCCGCCGCCGAUCCCAGCUGUUGACUCACGGGAAAACACUUGCGGCCAGAGCUGGCGGCCGUCCAAGGGCGGGCCGCGCCGCGCCGGGCCGUCUGCGCCGGGGUCGCUGA